CCCCCCAUUCCGGAGUGGUAGGUCCCGGUCUCCGGAACCACCCUCCCUAGUUCCAGAGUGGUACGUCCCGCCCUACACCCAGUGGUCGCUCCCGGUCGGCUUCCGGCUCCGCUUCCGUUUCCGGGGCGGGCGGCGCGGGCUCGGAGCGCCCAUGGCGGCGCCGCACGCUGAGAAGCUGGAGGGAGGCGUCCCGGGCCCCCCGCCCGCGCCGGGGCCCCCGCAUCCGCUCCCGCACCCACACGCGCCGGGCGCCGCCGCCCCCGCGCCCGCCCCGCCCGGCCGCAAGCAGGGAAAGGCCGGCCUGCAGAUGAAGAGCCCUGAGAAAAAGCGCCGUAAAUCCAACACCCAGGGUCCGGCCUACUCGCACCUGUCUGAGUUCGCGCCUCCGCCGACGCCCAUGGUGGACCAUCUCGUGGCCUCCAACCCCUUUGAGGAUGACUUCGGGGCGCCAAAGGUGGGCGCCGCCUCAGCCCCGUUCCUGGGCAGCCCCGUGCCCUUCGCCAGCUUCCGCAUGCAGGGUGCCAUGGCAGCCCCAGUGCCGCCAGGCUACGGAGGGGGCCCGCAGCCCCUGCGUCGCCAGCCACCCCCUUUUGCACCCGGCCAGAUGGGUCCAGCCUUCAGCCUGCCCCCCCAGACCCCCGGCUACGUGCAGCCCGGUGGCAUGAGCUUCCCCAGCCAGCCCUUCAGCCAGCCCCUCGGACAGAACUUCAGCCCCACGGCUGGGCAGCUCCUGCAGGGCCCCGUCGGGGGCUUUGGGCCCAUGAUCUCACCCACCAUGGGGCAACCACCACGGGCGGACAUGGGGCCAGGGCCCGCGCUGAACCCCCCAGGCGGCCCCUCAAUGACACAGAGGUUUGGCCAGCCGGGCACCCUCUUUGGACAGUCGCCCAUGCAGCGGCCCAGCCAGACCCUGCCCAACUUGCCCCCUAACACCAGCCCCUUCCCCGGGGCUGACCCUGGCUUCCCGGCCGGCGCAGAGGACGGAGCCAAGCCCCUCAACCCGCCUGCCAGCACCUUCAGUCAGGAGCAGCACUCGGGCUCACCAGCUGCAGUCAACGGGGCCCAGCCCAGUUUCGCCCCUGGCAGCACCACCCGCAGCAGUGGCACCCCUGAGGCCAACAGCCUCCCACCGCCCAGCAAGGCGCCUGGCAGUUCAGGGCAUCAGCCGCCACCGGGCCUGGUGUACCCCUGCGGGGCCUGCCGCAACGAGGUCAACGACGACCAGGAUGCUAUUUUGUGCGAGGCCUCCUGCCAGAAGUGGUUCCACCGUGAGUGCACGGGCAUGACGGAGAACGCCUAUGGGCUGCUCACCACUGAGGCCUCAGCUGUCUGGGCCUGCGACUACUGCCUCAAGACCAAGGAGAUCCAGUCUGUCUACAUCCGCGAGGGCCUGGGGCAGCUGGUGGCCGCCAACGACGGCUGAGCCAGGCGGACCCACUGCCCCCACCAGACUCGUUCCUCCCUGGGCCCUGUCCCCUGCCCUGUCACCCCCCUACCCCAUGUCUGCCAACAAGAAACAGUGCCGGGAUGCCAGUAAUGCUCCCCCUCACCCUUCCCCCUGGGCAGGCACUUGUCUCGGCACACGCCCUGUUGAAGUGUUCAAACCAGCUGUCGGAGGGUAGCCAUUGCCCCAGCACUGUGGCCUCUGCAGGCCAUGCAGUUGUUUGGUGAUGGGCUGGCAUGGAGCACAGGGGCAUCCUGCUGUGGAGCCCUGCCCCUAAGUGGGGUGCCAGGGGCCUGUUCUCCCUUCUGCCCCUCAAGCUGUACCAGCCCCUGGCACCCGUGGAUGAUGGAGUCUUGACUGGGAGCCGGUGCCUGUGGGUAGCUUGGCUCUGCUGUCUACUAGCAUGCGCCUUAUGCUCCUGGGUUACUGGUGGUGCCCGGAGGGGGUGCUGCCCCCCUGCAUCUGGCACAGACUGGCCCUGCCCAGCAGCACAGGGUGGGAGAGCAGCACUUCAGGGGUGCUGGGUCCUGGACGCACAGGAUGCUUCAUGGUCUCAGCACUCAGGGCUUGUGCCCUGUGUAGUCCUGGGGCUGCUAGGAGAAGCUGGACUGUGGGACUCAAGCUCUGGGGGCUGGAGGCAGCUCCACAACUGCUCUGUGACUGUGGGAGCUCGUGGGGACUCUGGGACUGGACUCAUGGGCUUGGGGGGCUGGCGCCAGACCCAAUCCCUGCAGGAGGAAGCUCCUGUACUCUUGCCAGGGCAGUGCCUGCCCUGGGCACAACCGGGUCUGCAGGCAUGUAGGAGCUUCUCGGUGAGGGCUGGUGGCUCCAGGGCAGCCACCCAGCACUGUGGACAUUGUGACCCUCUCUCUGCCUCCCAGCCAGGGACAGCUCCAGCCUGGGGCUAUUUUUGGAAGGCCCUUGCUGACAGGGAGCCCUCCCCAUGGCUCUGCAUAGACUGCUGGGCCCCGGUGCUGGGUGGUGCCCCAUGGGGAUGCCCAGGAGCAUUGGGUUCUGUGGUGCCCUGGCAGGUGGGAGAGCCCGGUGCUGCCAGUCUGGGACCUGGCCACCCCCCCCCCCUUCCUCUUUGGGGCAGGUGGCCCUUGCCCCGUGUGCCCAUCGCUGCCCCCGCGCUGUUUUGUAUGGGGUCUUUGUACUGUCCACUAUAAAGCUCUGAAAACCA